GCGCUCCCGAGUAACACAAGACGCCUGACUGUGUUACAGAGUUCAGCGCUGGCUCCUGGGCGGCUUGUUUUCCACUGGUCGAUAGGAGACUUGCUGUUUGUAGGGCAGCCUUUUUCCCUCUUUUUUCUUUUUUUUUUCCCUCGGCAGCCCCCGUGCCUGGGGUGGUGGAUGGAUGGAUGGAGUGCCUGGCUGUUCUGACAGGAUGUUGACACAUGUGGACCAACAGUGACAUCCUUUUCCAGCAAUGCUGUCUUGACUCCCUCCUGCAUUCAGAAGCAUCUAGAGAGAUAUUUUGCAGAAGGGAUCCUCGAUGCAUUUCCUUGCCAUUAUUUAGGGAACCUUCACUAAAAGCUCCUGGAUUGUGGUUCUGAGCGGACAAAAGGUUUUGGAGUCCAAAAUGCUCAUAAAGGAAUAUCGGAUCCCUCUCCCGAUGAGUGUGGAGGAAUAUCGGAUCGCCCAGCUGUACAUGAUCCAGAAAAAGAGCAGAGAGGAGACAUGUGGGGAAGGCAGCGGGGUGGAGAUCCUGGAGAACAGGCCCUACGUGGAUGGGCCGGGAGGCAACGGGCAGUACACUCACAAGGUGUAUCACAUCGGGAUGCACAUCCCCAGCUGGUUCCGCUCCAUCCUGCCCAAGGCGGCUCUGCGAGUCGAAGAGGAGUCAUGGAAUGCUUAUCCUUACACCAGGACAAGGUACACGUGUCCUUUCGUGGAGAAGUUCUCUAUUGAUAUCGAGACGUACUACAAAACUGAUCCAGGAGACCACGGCAACGUGUUCAACCUUUCUCCUGCAGAAAAAAGGCAAACUAUUUUAGAUCCUAUUGAUAUUGUUAAGGAUCCCAUCCCUCCACAUGAAUACAAAGCUGAGGAGGAUCCAAAGCUGUAUAAAUCAGUGAAGACUAAAAGAGGGCCCCUCUCAGAAGACUGGAUUCAGGAGUACAAGAACAACCCUGGGAAAUACCCCAUCAUGUGUGCAUACAAACUGUGCAAAGUGGAGUUCAGAUACUGGGGGAUGCAGUCGAAGAUCGAGCGGUUCAUCCACGAUGUUGGCCUGCGGAAGGUGAUGGUGCGAGCCCACCGGCAGGCGUGGUGCUGGCAGGACGAGUGGUACGGGCUCACCAUCGAGGACAUCCGGCGGCUGGAGAAGGAGGCCCAGCUGAUGCUGGCCCAGAAGAUGGCCCAGUUCUGCAGCGAAAGCGACCCCGAGCAGCACGGUGUCAAGGACACCCCUGGGGAGAAGGAGGUGGAAGCCAACACAGUUUCACCCGCUGACGCUGAGGAUUCCGCUGCCAACAGCGAACCAGCCUCUGGGAGGUCGCUCACCAAGCAGUGGUCAACCUCUUCCAAGUCCUCACGGUCUUCAAAGAGGGGAGCAAGUCCCUCGCGCCAUAGUAUCUCCGAGUGGAGGAUGCAGAGCAUUGCCAGGGAUUCGGAUGACAGCUCAGAUGAUGAAUUCUUUGAUGCACAUGAGGACUUGUCUGACAAUGAGGAAAUGUUCCCGAAAGAAAUAACCAAAUGGAGUUCCAAUGAUCUGAUGGAUAAAAUUGAAACCCCCGAAUGCGAUGAUGUCCAGGGUGACUUGUACCAGGAGACAUCAGCAGAGUACCACGUUGGCUCCAGCGUGGAGAGGCUCAGCAUCAUCGAAGAUGAAUCAGUGCAGCCAUUAAUGCAGCCCAGUAAAAUCCACGUCCUCCUCUUGGUGCUCCACGGAGGGAACAUCCUGGACUCAGGAAGUGGUGACCAGAGCUCCAAGCAAGGGGAUGUCAACACCAUCACGACAGUGUUUGACACAGUGAUGAGGGUGCAUUACCCAGCUGCUCUUGGCCACAUUGCCAUCAAGCUUGUCCCCUGCCCAGCCAUCUGCUCCGAAGCAUUUUCCCUGGUGUCCAGUCUCAGCCCGUACAGUUAUGAUGAAGGCUGCCUGUCCAACAGCCAGGAUCACAUUCCCCUCGCUGCACUCCCUCUGUUGGCAACAUCCUCCCCUCAGUACCAAGAAGCAGUGGCCACAGUCAUUGUCAGAGCCAACCAGGCCUACAGUGAGUUCAUCAGAUCCCAGGAGGGCACAUCAUUCAAUGGCCAGGUCUGCUUGGUAGGGGACUGUGUUGGAGGAAUCCUGGGAUUUGAUGCCUUAUGCUACAGCAAUCAGACCGUGUCCGAGAGCCAGAACAGCAGCCGGCGAGGAAGCGUUGUGAGUGUCCAGGAUACGGACCUUCUGUCCCCUGGAAUAACGGUGAACAACAGCUAUUGUUCCAGUGGCUCUAAUCUGGAAGCCAGCAGACACCUCAGCAGGAGCAACAUUGAUAUUCCUCGUAGCAACGGAGAAGAUCCAAAGAAGCAGCUGCCACGGAAAAGGAGUGAUUCAUCAACCUAUGAACUGGACACGAUAAAGCAGCAUCAAGCCUUUCUCUCAAGUUUACAUUCCAGUGUCCUGAGAAACGACCCCGGCUCCAGGCGAUCGAGUAGCUCCACUAUGUUGGAUGGAGGAAAUAUUGGGAAGUUCGAAUUUGAGAUCACAGACUUCUUCCUCUUUGGUUCUCCCUUGGGCCUGGUUCUUGCACUGCGAAAAACUGUCAUUCCUGCUCUUGACAUCUUUCAGCUCAGACCAGCUUGUCAGCAGGUCUAUAACCUGUUCCACCCUGCAGACCCAUCUGCUUCACGCCUCGAGCCUCUCCUGGAGAAAAAGUUCUACCUUUUGCCCCCCUUUAAUAUUCCCCGGUACCAGCGGUUCCCACUGGGUGAUGGCAAUUCUGCUGUUUUGGUUGAGACAAUCCAGAACAAUCCCAUCCUCCUCAUGGAAAGUAGCCCUCUGGGUGCUCUCCAGCACCAGGACAGCUUCAUGGAAACAAGUAUCCCCGUUCCCGUACUGAAUUGGCAAGAUGUUUCCAAUAAAAGUGCUGGUUUUGCUGAGUCAGAUGUUGUUCAGUCUCAUGGUGCCGUCUUCGUGGAAAACGCGUCCCUGUCCACCCCCAUUUCAGCCCCUCAGUUCAGGGGCUUCCGGAGAGCCAGUGAGAUCAGCAUUGCCAGCCAGGUCUCAGGAAUGGCAGACAGUUACACUGCUUCCAACAUAGCCAACAAAACCAAACACCACUUUAAUCAUUGUAGAGGGUUUAGCCUUCUGUCCCAACUUGCCCUCCCUCACAAAUCCCCCACCCAAACCUCCUUCAAGAGGCGUAGGCAGCAUAAACGUGAAAUCCCUGCGAAGGGAAGAAAGCUCAAGGGGCCACGGAGUGGGGCUGCAGGCUGUGCUCUUCGGAUACCCGACCUGGACAUCAAGACAGUUGCUGCCAAGUGGUGGGGAACCAAACGGAUCGACUACGCCCUGUACUGCCCCGAUGCCCUGACGGCUUUCCCGACAGUGGCCUUGCCUCACCUCUUCCAUGCAAGCUACUGGGAGUCCACAGACGUUGUCUCCUUCCUGCUCAGACAGGUGAUGAGACACGAGAACUCGAGUGUUCUGGAGCUGGACGGGAAGGAGGUGUCUGUGUUCACUCCCUCCAAGCCCCGGGAGAAGUGGCUCCGCAAGAGGACACACGUGAAGCUGCGGAACGUCACAGCCAACCACAGGAUAAACGACACCAUUGCUAACGAAGAUGGGCCCCAGACCUUGACGGGGAGGUUCAUGUACGGCCCAUUGGACAUGGUCACGCUCACGGGAGAAAAGGUGGACAUUCACAUCAUGACCCAGCCGCCCUCGGGAGAGUGGGUUUACUUUGACACAGAGAUCAGCAACAGCAGUGGCAGGAUUUCCUACGUCAUCCCCGAGAACCGGCGCCUGGGCAUUGGCGUGUACCCCGUCAAGAUGGUGGUCAGGGGUGACCACACGUUUGCAGACAGCUACAUCACGGUCCUGCCGAAGGGGACGGAGUUCGUGGUGUUCAGCAUCGACGGCUCCUUCGCAGCCAGCGUGUCCAUCAUGGGCAGCGACCCCAAAGUCCGAGCUGGAGCAGUGGAUGUUGUAAGGCACUGGCAAGACCUCGGCUACCUCAUUAUCUAUGUCACAGGCCGCCCUGACAUGCAGAAGCAGAGGGUGGUAGCAUGGUUAGCACAGCACAACUUCCCCCACGGGAUCGUCUCCUUCUGCGAUGGGCUCGUCCACGACCCGCUGCGGCACAAGGCCAACUUCCUGAAAUCCCUCAUCACCGACCUCCACAUGAGGAUCCACGCGGCGUACGGAUCCACGAAGGACAUCUCCGUGUACAGCUCCAUCGGCCUCCCGCCCACGCACACCUACAUCGUUGGCCGGCCCACCAAGAAGCUGCAGAGCCAGUGUCAGUUCAUCACGGAGGGUUACGCAGCCCACCUGGCGCAGCUGGAGUACAACCACCGUGCGCGCCCCGCCAAGAACACCACGCGCAUGGCCCUGCGCAAGGGCAGCUUCGGCCUGCCCAGCCAGGCCGAGUUCCUGCGCAAGAGGAACCACCUGCUCCGCACCAUCUCCUCCCAGCCUUCGGCCGGCGGCCACCGCCCUGAGCGCACCCAGAGCCAGUCUGACAGCGACAAGGAGAGGGACAGGGAGCGCAGCCAGCGGAGCAUGAGCAUCGCCACAGGGUGCUGGGGCCGGAGCGCCGCGUCCCGGCUGGAGUCUGGCCUCUUGGGGCAGAAGUAGCCAGGCCAGAGCCAGGAUUGACAGCUGCAGCCACCGGAGGAGAAAACAAAAGGAAAGAGGGACGAGGUCGCCGUUUCGGGCUGGAAGGGUAAAUAUGGUGCUACUCCAAUAACAUCGUGGUGUUCUGGGAAGAGACGGGAUGUUUCCCACGCAGAAAGUGCAGGCCUUGCAGCGAGAGCGUCCGGUUUGUGCAGCGGGAACCCAAGGAACAGCUGGAAAUCGGGGGGGGGAUGUCUCCAGGUCAAGAUGGCGCUCUCUCCUGCCUCCUUCUCUUAUCCAGGUUUAGUGACUGUAAAUACGUGCCUCCUCGCCUUGUUAGCCAUCGCUCCGAUCCGCGCGACCGAGUGCUGUCCUCAGAGCCACACAGCAGGGCGUGGGGCUGGGCAACCUUGUCCUUGGCUGUGCCAGAAGUCAGACUGAGGGGCUCUGCCGGCACGGGGCAGGCUGGGGGAUCGAUAACACAGGAUUGAUGGUGGGCUGUGCCAGGCAGAGCGACCGGGAGCUUUAUCGGUACAAAGAGCUCCCACUGCAGUCGCUUUCUCAAGGAGUUGGUGCAGUGCAAAGCUAAAGCUCUGUCGAUGCUGUUGGCAGAGGCAGAAUGUCGGCAGAUUCAUGCCCAAGACAGCGGGGUCGUUACUGUUAUUACUGUUAUUUUUUAAAGAGACCUUUGAGAAGCUGAUGGAAUUUAAUGUGGUGACCUAUUAAAAGAGGAAUACAAGCUACUUUGUUUGAGCUGUUACAAACCUCAGACACUUAAUUUGCUGUUAAAAGUCUCCAAGUAGUCUCGCUAUAUAUUGUUUCCAACAGUAACCACCAUAUAUUUGGAAGCAGCUGAAGGCACUCAGCUAGAUUGCAUUGCAGUUCUUCUCAUCCAAAUGCAGGGUCUGACUCUCUCAACACCCACCUCUGAGACGUUUUCUUCUUCCCAGGUUCUCUCCAAGUUCAGUAGCAGCUUUCAUGGGAACUAGACUCGCUUCUUUUACCUAUAGUUACUGAACUGUAAAACCUCAUUGUUUUUUGCACUGAUGAUUUUUAGAAUGGAAACCUGUUACCAUCUCAUGUAGCUACACCGGUGUUUGUAGUGCAUGACAAUGAAAUAUUGCUAAGCCAGGGUGUGCGUGUAUAUCUAUAUGCACACACACACACAUAUAUAUAUGUAUAUAUUUAAAAGAAACAACCUGUGCAGAAGUUUUUCCAGCAGUAAGGAGACUGUAAGGAAGUGUGCCAGCAAUGUCAGGCAACCUUAAGAAAAGGCCAUAUCUUAAUUUUCCCGGUGUGUUUCUCAGUGGAUGUGCCUGAGGCGAUGGUUUUGUGCUGCUGGAGCGGGCGGGUGGGGUGCGUGGCCGAGGGCAGCUGGCACCCGGUGACACCGAGACAGGGACAGAGAACAGUGCCUAGAGCCAGGGCUUGCCAAAAAGCCCCUUAGUCCUGUCCCCCCUGGGGCCAGCGAAGGUUCCCUCCUCGCACACAGCUCCCAGGGCAGAGGGGCACCCACACCAGGGGGUCCUGGGGUGCCCAUUCACAGACUCCAGUUGGCCUCUUCACGUGGAGAUUUUAUAGUCCUACCUGACUACGUGUAACCCCCUGCUUUUCCCCACCACACUUCCCUGUCUUUAUAUCACUUUCUACUUAUGAAGAUCUUAUUUAUAACAGAGAAUUUUUUAGACUGGCUGCUUCAUUUUAUUACCUGUUUCAAUAAGAAGUGCAGGACGGCCGCACUGAGAUACACAGCACUGUGAACACUGCUCUGCUCACUGGCUCUGGGCCACAGUAGGCAAAUCCCAACUCAUCCGACACCCAAGGUUGAUCUCGUGUGUUCGUGGCGCUGGAGGGUCCGAGGGAGGCAGAGGAGGGACAGUGCUGAUCCAACCCGACUGCCGCCCGCCCAGUGCGUCCCCCACGUCUUGCAGCCCGACUGCAAAAUGUGUAACCACUUCUCUUUGAUAAUUAUCCAGUUACAGAAUGUACCUGAUGACUUUUGUUACCGAAAACUGACUUCCCUUUUCUGCCGGCUCAGCUUGGCUCUCUCCGAAUGUACAUCCAGAGCUUACUGGGCUCGAAAACAAUGUGAAGUGUCCCAGCUUUUUGCUAGUCGAAUGUUCUAUCAAACAGAUGCCAUCCGAGUAGGAAGCCAAGCCACAAUCCAUCCUGUGAAGUCACCAAACCACAUCACUAAAUCAUUUCUGCAAAUUUGGAUAUGGCCUUUGCAAAAAUCACCUUUUCCUCCAAGUCCACAACCAAGGCAUGAUCUGUACAUUUUCCAGUGUUGAUGAGAUGUUCACAUUUUCUUAUGUGUAGAUAGUGUAAAACAGGCGAAUGUAAAUGUUCAACAUAAAAAGUGGAUAUAUAAAACUGAAAGUUAUUUAUUUAUGUAGAGGGGGGAAAAAAAAUGUCUGGAGGGACUGGAACCUUCAGGGUUUAUUAAUAUUUAAAAAUGUAGCUUUUUGUUUCAGGCAUUAUGUACAAAGCAAUUAUUUUAUGGACCAAGUUUAAUGUAACUGUCAAUGAAUGCAGAAGUGCAAUAUGAUACUCACCUCUCCGUCACUUCAUGUUUUAAGCAGCUACUACCCAGUUAGCCUGACAAUCAUAUAACACCUCCGUCCUCAUCCUUUGUUGAGCUUCUUGAACCUUGCCCGGGUCCUUUCCCUGGCCCCCCCAUCCGCUGCCAUUGUACGGAUCCAACACGGAGAAGCAAUCGUAGAGCAGGACCUUUAUUGCUGCAAUAAUACCAGAGGAGGUGGGUGUAGUUACCAGGAAAAAUGCCAAUAAGUUUUUCUUCACCUUUUCAGUCCGUCCCUGUCUCCAUCGCUCUGUCCUCAGCCGCCCCCAUCUGGCACUCAUCCCUCUGAAGCAAAGAUCAACGUGCUACUCACUCACAGAACAAUAGCAAUAGUUUAACUCUGUGUUUAUAACCUGUUUGUUCCGAGCUGUUUUGGAGAGCAAUGCAUGUGACCCGAUGCCUUUCCACAUGUAUGGAAGAGGAUCCGUUGGGAUGCGGUGAGGGGAAAAGAUGAAUGUAUAUUCCAUCCUUACUAAAGGGGCACUGUCAGGUUAAAGACCUAAUUUAUCUUUGUUACCAAUAACUUGUUUGCUUUGAAAUGGAAGAAUAUGAAGUUCCUCGUGCUCCUCCCUCGGCCGUGGUCCGGGCAGCCCCCGGCACAGCCCACGUCCUGUUCUGCACACAGCACAACACAGCCUGCACCACACAGGCUGCCUCGGGCUUUGGGGUUGGUUUUUUGUUUCCAUGGGAAUCAAACUCUGCUGCAGAGCUCAGAUUUUUUAUAAAAAAGCAGCUUUUUCUAUUCCUGCGCUCUCGGGCCAGACUUUCUACCUGACGCUGUCCCUUUAAAGUCUUUUCACGCCCGUCAGAGGAGCCCGUGCGUUCCCUCUGAGCUGUUUUUCCUGGGUUUGCUCAGAUCACUCAAGUCAGAUGAGGCAAAAUUCUCACACCAAAAACCGUUUACAGUGUCGGAUCGUGAGCAGUAACGAGCCAAAGGGUCACCAACACCCUCCCACCCGCCCAGCAGCCACCGUGCUUGCUGUAGCAGCCCCUUCUUCAGGUAUCGCCACUGUUUGCUGCAUUUCCUAUUAGUUCUAGAAGCCUUACGGUCCCCUCCCCUCUGCCUGUUGAUACCCUCGACUGUCAAUUUUAUAUUCCGACGAUGUUAGUUAUAUUUUAUUUAUAAAAAAUGGCUUUAGGGGUACCAGCCCUGCGUGGGGAGCCACCGGAGGGGAUGCCCGACCCUGUGUGUACAGUCACCGUGCCGACGACCCGCUUGUGUGUGGCAAACCUUCUGUACAACUUCCUUCUCCUCCUUGCUGUUAGUGCAUCGUUCCAAUGCCUGGUGUGCUUUGUGUACAGUAUCAUUGUGAGUUACACAGAUUAAAGAAAUGGGAAGGCUCU